UAAAACAUAUUUUCAAAAAGUAAUAGAAUAAAAUUUAGUAUUUUUAUUACACUGUUCAUCGAUAUGAUAGAAUCGUGUUCCAAAAAACGUAUGCUAUUAGGUAUAACCUUAUUAGGGGGGUUAACAAUUUUAGUUUUGAUAAUUGAAAGCCACUGGACUGAUCAUACUACAGGAAAAAUAUUUGUUGAAAAUAUCGAGGCUAAUUCCACUUGCUUCUCUGGAGAAGACUUUAAAAUAAUCUCUGAAUGUAAUCCUUGUACUGCUUUUGAAAUAGCUAGUCAAAGUAUUGGAGUAUGCACCAAAACAAGAUAUAAAGAAAUUGUUGAAUGUAAAUCUGGAGAAAAAAUUAUAAGAAGUUGCGAUAGAGUUGCAUGGUUGGAAGAAAGAACUUUUUGGAAAUUUGAGAGCUUUGCAUUUAGUGGAGCUAUUAUAUCUUGUAUUAUUGUAUUUUGGAGAGAAAAUAUUCUUAGACAACGAGUUAUAAGAAAAGUAGCAAGACAAUUGAGAGGCAGUGUUUGAAUUGGUAUUAUAGA